UAAAGGAAAUUAGAAAAGAAUUUUUGAAAGUAAAUUAGUUUUCUUUUCUUUUUUUUUUCUUUUUAUGAAAAAAUUUCAUAUUUCAAGUUAGAAAUGAUAAGAAGUCUAUGAAUUUAGUUAGUUAUAAAAUUGAUCUGUAAAAAUAAAAUAUCUUUUAAAGUCUUAAAAUGAAUAAAGUGGCAAAUAUAUCACCUCCAGUUAAUUUGGAUGAUCCAAGAUUUCGUAUUAGACCAUACCAACAAAUUAUAGCUUCUUGCACAGGUGCACUUAUAACUUCAGUAUUUGUUACGCCUUUAGAUGUAGUUAAAACACGUCUACAAGCUCAACAGAAAGCUAUGAUUUCUAACAAAUGUUUUCUAUAUUGUAAUGGAUUAAUGGACCAUUUAUGUCCAUGUCUUAAUGGAAAAGGACCCAAUGAAAAAUUUACUGGCACUAUGGAUGCUUUUAUAAAAAUAAGUAAGAAGGAAGGAAUCAGUUCACUAUGGAGCGGCUUGAGUCCAACUCUUGUAUUAGCAGUACCUGCAACCAUAAUAUAUUUUGUUUCGUAUGAACAGUUAAGGAUAUACUUCAAAGAUCAAUAUAAUGGAAAUGGGAAAAAAAAUAUAAGAAAUAUAGAACAGCCAUUUUGGAUUCCUAUGUUAGCUGGAGGCACGGCACGUAUUUGGGCAGCGGUUUUAGUUAGUCCAUUAGAAUUAAUUAGAACUAAAAUGCAAUCUCAAAAAUUAAGCUAUGCAGAAAUAAGAGAAGCAUUAAAGACACUCAUUAAAUACAGUGGUUUCUCUGGCCUAUGGAUGGGAUUAGGAUCCACACUUCUUCGAGAUGUACCUUUUAGUGCUAUUUAUUGGUUCCAUUAUGAAACUAUAAAACAAAUAUUUUGUGAGUCAGAACAAACUUUUACUUUCAAUCUUGCAGCAGGAGCAACAGCAGGAUCUAUAGCCGCAUUAUUGACUAUACCAUUUGAUGUAGUAAAAACACAUAGGCAAAUAGAAAUGGGUGAAAAGGAAAUAUAUUCAGAUAAACCUGAUCGUAGUAGUAACACAUGGACUAUAAUACGAAAAAUUUACAAUCAAAAUGGUAUAAAAGGUUUGUUUACUGGUUUAAUUCCACGUUUAGUAAAAGUUGCACCAGCUUGUGCUAUAAUGAUAGCUACUUUUGAGCAUGGAAAACGAUUUUUCCAAAAGUAUAAUGCUAGCCAAGAACUUGAAUUUGAGCAUGAUAUAUAUUUAUUACAGAAUAAACGUAAUAAUACCAAAUGACAUAUGUAGUAUCAGAUAUGAUAUUAUACUGUACAUAUACGUCUUAAGUUAAAAUCUUUAUCUCAUAUUUAUGUUCUCCAUUUGCUUAAUAUACUAAUGUUUAGAAAUAUAAAUAUAAAACUGUA